AUGGCUUUCAUUUGUCGUAAUAUUGACAACGCCAGUCAAUUAAAAUUCUGGCCGGAUGUUAUGUUCUCAUCACCAGUAGAAAGGUAUAUAAAUGAACUUGGCGAUGUUCAUUCUAUCCAUCCAGAUUCUUUGGCUAUUGUACUUGUUAAUCUUGUUGCUGCAACAUUAGAAUUUUCUUAUGUUUUACGAGCGAAUUCCAUUAGUAAUAAAAUACCGACAAACUUGUUCAAUUUAAUUGUAGCUCGAUCAUCGUAUGGUAAAUCUGAUUUAACAAGAUUAUUACGUGAUAUGCUAAAAACUGUUGUUUUACAUCGACCAACAAAAUUUAUUUCAACAAGCCAAAUCGCUGUAGGUAGUCAAGUUAAUGCAAGUUUGGAUGAAAUGUCAAAAGCUGGAUUAAUGUCAGGAUUAGAUGAAUGUUGUCGCACCGUCAUUUGUGAUGAAGCCGAUAUGACAUUUGCAGAUGUUGGUUUAUUUCUAUCGAAUAACGCCUGUCACCGACUUGAUCAUAAAAUCCCUAUGAUUAUCAUGUCCCAUUCUUGA